CUAGAUUCAGAAUCUGAAGGUGUGGGUUCAGAAGUUACUUCCUAGCUAGCACUUCAACCUGGGACAAAUCAAUUUCCUUCUACCUUCACAAUGAGGAUAACAUCUGCUCAGCCUACCUCAUAAGGUUGUCAUGAGGCUUCAAUGAGUUAAUUCACUGUAAAGAGCUUUGGCAUCUUUAAAGUCUUGCAGAAAGAGGAUCUAGUGUUCAUUAGCUUUAAUUCUUCGUUUAAGAAAAACGGGCAAUUUGACUUUGGGGUGUUAACUCAAAUGCAAAAGGGGAACAUGUAAUUCUGUUUAGAAAGAGUAACUGCUGAAAAUGAUUCAGCAAGUAAAUCUCCCCUGGUUCCCUAAAGGAAUCAGCUAUAGACAACUGAUGAGGUUAAAGACUAAUUGCAGCAGCUGUGAAAAACUUCAGAGUUAGUGUUUUCCCAGUAGCCAAUGAGAGCUCUUGAGCAGCUAGAAAUAUUUUCUCCACCUACCCUCUUUCCUCCUUCAACACACUCUAAGGUUGUCAGGAGUGAGCAACACAUUCCAACUGUCAGACUUCUGAAGUGGAGCUAUGAGAGCGGCUUGGAGUUGGCUCAGCUUUUGUCUUUUGACUCUGGCUGACUCAGCCAACAUUUCCAGUGGUGAUGAAUGCCUACCUUGCCUACCCCUAUACCUGGCUGUUCCAAAGCAUACAGGAUGGAUUAGAAAGGAGAAAUGCUGGAAGCCAAGAGGUCAAUUAUGUAAUUACUGCAAUAGUUCAGGCCUUGAUGCUGGAGAGAAACCUGGAUUUCCCAAAUUUAUAAAACCCAGUGACCCUGGCGUUCAAAAAGCAGCCAGGUUUGCAGUUGAAAGGUUUAACAACUGCACAAAUGACCUCUUCUUAUUCAAAGAACUUCACAUAGAUAAAGCAAUGGUGCAGCUCGUGAAAGGAUUGAAAUAUAUGAUUGAUAUGCAUAUAAGCCGAACAAUUUGCAAGAAGAAUGAACAUUACAACUUGGACAGCUGUGACUUUCAAACAGAUAGAACUUUAAAGCAGACAUUCACUUGCUAUACUGAAGUCUGGGUCAUUUCCUGGCUCCAAAAGACUGAGAUACUUGUUCUCCAUUGUCAGUGAUUUCUUGCUUCUCCUCAACCAAAGGGUAGAUGGCGUUUUGGUUUUCAGCUCAACCUUCACUUUCUGCCUAUCACAGACAGUUUGUAUUCUUUGAAUGUAUUUGUGCCUUAAAGCCUACUAGAACUUUAAUGAACUGAUGCUGAGUGAAGUGAGCAGAACCAAGAGAACACCGUACACACUAAGAGCAACACUGUGAUGAUCAACUUAGCUCUUCUCAGCCAUACAAUGAUCCAAGACAGUUCCAAAAGGCUCAUGAUGGAAAAUGCCAUCCAC